AUGUCAUUGACCAACGCAUCUCCAGAACAGGCGGCCCGGGCAGCCAAGGCGUCUUCCAGGAGACUGGCAACGUUGCCCACCGCCGCGAGAAAUGCAGCGCUAGAUGCUGUCCACGAUGCCUUGUCUGACGCAAGAGAGUCGAUACUUGCCGCCAAUGCCAAAGACUUGGAGCUGGCAAAGAAGUCUGCGGCGGAUGGUCAGCUGAGUCCUAGUAUUCUGAAGCGUCUGGACUUGGGUAGGAAGGGGAAGUACGACGACAUGCUGAAGGGCAUCCAAGACGUGAAAGGCCUCGAGGAUCCAGACACCCUGCUGAUGUCCUCAGUCGGCAGGGUGGACUUACGAACGGAGCUUGACGAUGGCCUGAUCCUACAGCGACAGUCAUGUCCAAUCGGCGUGCUACUCAUCAUCUUCGAGGCUCGUCCUGAAGUCAUUGCGAAUAUCGCCUCCCUCGCCAUCAAGUCGGCGAACGCAGCGAUCUUGAAGGGCGGCAAAGAGUCGACCGAAUCUUUCAAAGCCAUUGCCACCGUCAUAUCCAAAGCUCUGGAUAAGACGGACGUACCCAAUGAUUCGAUCCAGCUAGUGACGACAAGGGACGCAGUUGAUCCGCUUCUUGAACUGAGUCAGUACAUCGACCUUGUCAUUCCUCGCGGCUCGAACGACCUCGUGCGACACUGUCAACGGAAAGCACACAUGCCAGUCAUGGGCCACGCAGACGGUCUUUGCAGCAUGUACAUUCACUCCAAUGCCGACAAGGCAAUGGCCAAGAACGUCAUUGUCGAUUCAAAAUGCGACUACCCGGCCGCGUGCAAUGCGCUCGAGACAUUGCUCGUACACGAGGAUGUGCUUGAGUCAGUGCUGCCCGACGUCGCAUCAGCUUUGAUUGCCCAAGGGGUGGCACUCCGCUGCGACGAACAAUCGCGGACCGUACUCUCGAAACACCUUCCACAAGACCAAGCAGUCCUCCUACAAAACGCCUCCGACGCCGACUACGAUACCGAAUUCCUAGACCUCAUCCUCGCCAUCCGCACCAUCAAAUCCACACCCCAAACCCCCUUCUCCUCCGUCGACGCCGCAAUCGACCACAUCAACACCCACGGCUCGCACCACACCGACGGCAUCCUCACAGCCUCGCAAGAGGUGGCGGACCGCUUCUACAGCGCCGUCGACUCCGCGUGCAAGUUCUGGAAUUGCAGUACCCGCUUCUGUGACGGCAUGCGCUUCGGCUUCGGGACGGAAGUCGGCAUUAGCACCAACAAGGUGCACGCAAGGGGACCCGUCGGGUUGGAAGGGCUGAUGAUACAUGAGUACAGGCUUUCGGGUAACGGGCAGGGGGCGGCGAUGUAUGGGGGUGCGAAUGGCCGACAGUACAAGCAUAGGAAGUUGUCUGUAUAG